UAGGAGUCCAUCCAUAAUUAUCAAAUCUCACUCAAGCAAAAGAAAGCAAAACUUGAUAUAUAGAUUUAUAACAUAGCAUUUAUAGUUGCAAAUUGAUCAACAAGUACUCCAACAUGAAAGGUAUUCAUUUUCUUCUUUCACUUACUGUGUUGGCUUUGGCAGCCUUCAUAGCCUCUGCCUCUGACCCAAGCCCUCUCCAAGAUUUUUGCGUGGCUGUAGAUGAACCCCACAAAGCUUUAUUUGUGAAUGGAAAAUUCUGCAAGGAUCCCAAGCUUGCUAAGGCUGAGGAUUUUUUCUUUUCUGGGCUCAAUGUUCCAAGAGACACACACAACCCAGUUGGAUCUAAUGUGACCCAAUUGAAUGUGGACAAAAUUCCAGGACUCAACACACUCGGAAUAUCAUUGGCUCGUAUUGAUUAUGCACCAUACGGCCAAAAUCCACCUCACACACAUCCUCGUGGCUCUGAAAUCCUAGUUGUUGCUAAGGGAACCCUCUACGUGGGCUUCGUAUCGUCGAACCAAGACGGAAACCGGUUGUUUACCAAGGUUUUGAAAGAGGGAGAUGUGUUUGUAUUCCCAAUUGGUUUAAUUCACUUUCAAUUCAAUCCAACACAUGCUCCAGCUGUUGCCUUUGCUGGUCUCAGUAGCCAAAAUGCAGGAACUAUCACCAUUGCAAAUUCAGUAUUUGGAUCAAAUCCUGCUAUUAACCCUCAUGUCCUUGCUAAGGCUUUUCAAGUUGACAAGAAUGUCAUUGACCAACUCCAGAAGCAGUUCUGGUAUGGCAAUGACAAUUAAACAUGGUUCAGAAGAAGAAAGUCUAUGAAUUGAAUAAUCUUUUUUUAUAUACAAUAUAUGUUCGUUUUCUAUUAUCCAAUAAGUACCAAAUAGUUUGGUCAUGAUUGAAUUUGUACCUCAUUGAUAUUUUUAAAUAAAAUCCAUUUAAUAUAAUAAUUUUUAA